AUGGCUUGGUUACCUAUUGCUAGAGUGAUAUCACGUAGAUCUACAAUUUACUAUUGUCAUAAUGCAGCUACCAUGCCGUUUGCGAAGAGUCUCCAUCCUCAUAUAACAAUUAUCAAAUCAUCACUGCAUCAGGCAAGUAAAUUUAACCAAGAAUUAUUAACGCCUUCCGAUCCCGAGCUCCUAUUUACCAAUGUUCCAGGAAAGUAUUUAGGGCUAACGAGUACGAAUCAUUUUAAUGUGAGUUACACCGAUGAAAAUAGCACAUCGCCAUUAGUGACAUUGGUAGUCCAUGGCUGCCCAGGUAGCCAUUUGGAUUUUCGUUAUAUUUCUUCUGUACUAGUUCCAGCCGGUGUUCGCGUUAUUCGGCUUAAUAUGCCUGGAUUUGGAUCGUCUGAAAAACCUCCUGAAUUUAUCUAUAGUGCUCACAAUUUGGCUAAGUUUGUAGCUGCAUUUUUAGAUAAUAUCGGGGUUACAAAAAUCAACAUGGCAGUUGGAAUUAGUUUUGGCUGCUCCAUCGUAACCUCUUUAUCAACUGUUCAACCCAAUUUAGUCUUAUCCUAUGGACUUUUAUCGAGUGUUGGUGGCCGACCGCAUGCUGGUCUAAGGCCUUAUUUUAGUAAGGAUGGCUAA